AUGAAUGAUAGGACAGAGAAAAAAACUUCAAGUUCUACUAGUUCAGCUUGCUGUGUAAGGUCUGUUUCAUCAGAGAAGAGAAGACUGAAAUCAGAUCACACAGACAUUCUGUACUGUGAUGUAAAAAGAAGACCAGAACUGAAAAGAUUGAAUGUAGAAACCGACCUUCCAGGAAGGAGACCAAAAAUCAAUUCUUCAUCCCAAGGCCCUGUUAAGCUCCAAGAAGUAUCAUAUUCAAAUGCUAAUCAAAUUAUUUCACAGAGUCCUUCUUCACAUGGAACUAAAAAAGACCUAAGUAAAUGUGUAGAUUUUAAAGAUAAUAAAUUGACAAAUGUUAGGAGUAAACCUGACCGUGGAAUUAGAAACCUUAGCAGUCCUAAGAUGGCCAAAGAUGUAAAACCUAAAACUGAAGCCCAGGCCAGUGAAAAACAAUGGCCUCAUGUACUCGCUCAGCGGGAGAAGGUGAAAGAACUCAAGAAAGAAAGGCACAAGAAAUUUAGGGACAGUUCUGAAAAAUGUGUUUCAGAGAAAUUCAAGAGAAUCCAUUUUUCUCAGGAUUAUAAUUCCAACAAGAUAAUUAAGGAACCCCUUGAAUCUAGAAGAAGGAAGAUCAGUUUCAAAAUCCCAGUAAAAUCCCAUGAUACCCUCCAGAAGCUUGUAGAAGAAAAUAUCUUCAGUUUAGAGUCCAACAAGUCAAAGUCUAAGCAGGAGAAAAAAGAAGGCCUCAAAGGCUCCCAAGUUUCAUUAAAUUUGACCAGGCACAAAAGUGAACGUUUAUUUUCAGGUUCCACGUCUAAGCAGGCUGUUCAUGAGUGGAAAGGAAAAAACCAUCAUGAGCAUCAAGAAAGUGAUUCAAGUUCCAGGGAAAACUUAAUCCAGAGUUUUGAAGCUCCAUGUUCUUCAGCAUCACUUGCAACUAUUCAAGAUACAGAUCAAGAGAUGCAGAUAGUGGAAGAGCUCCAUGCUGCACGUGUGGGAAAAAGUGUGGAUUUACCUGUGGUUUUAUCUUCCGAAGAGUUAACAAGCAUGGAGAUUGACUUGGUGGAAGAUGAUGUACAUUCUUGUGCUGCAAAUACUGCUUCAGAUAAAAAGCUUCUAAUUGUUAUUGACACAAAUAUUCUGAUGAAUCACCUCAAUUUUGUUAGAAUUUUGAAGACAACAGAAAUUCCAGGCUUUGACAGACUUGUGUUAAUAAUUCCCUGGGUGGUCAUACAAGAGCUAGAUCGUAUGAAGGCAGGAAAACUGCUAAAACAUGCCCAGCACAAAGCUGUGCCUGCAGUUCAUUUCAUCAAUGACAGUCUCAAAAAUCAAGACAGAAAGCUAUGGGGUCAGUCACUACAGCUUGCAUCUCAAAAAUUUUAUGGACUGAGUGACGAGAACAAUGAUGACCGAGUAUUAAAAUGCUGUCUUCAGUACCAGGAAUUAUUCCCUUGUUCUACUGUUAUUCUGUGCACGGAUGAUAGAAAUUUAAGAAACAAAGGCCUAAUAAGUGGUGUGAAGUCACUCAGUAAAGAAGAAUUGAGUGCAGAGUUAUUAAACUUAUCUCUGAACACAGAUGUAUGUCAUCAGCCUUGUAUAUCUAAGCAACAAUUGAAAGCAGAAGCAACACUGUUAGAAGAGAGCUAUGAGGAAGAAUCUGCACAUUCUGGACUACCCAUUAUACUUGAAAGCAUUGUAUCUGAUCUUGAAAAAUCUCUUGGAACAGCUUUAUCUUCAAUAUUAGAAACAGAAAUGAAAAUUGCUUUUGGAAAUCUUUGGAUGGAGAUGCUGUACUUGAAACCACCAUGGACUCUAAUUCAUUUAUUACAGUGCUUUAGAAAACAUUGGUUGGCUGUAUUUGGAUUAGUUAUGGAGAAGAACUUGCUUUUAACCGUUGAGAGCCUAUAUGAAAAUCUCUGUAAAGCUAACAGUGCAGUGGAUUUUACAACAGUGAAAUUUCUGCUUCAGGAUUCUAAAAGUUUGUUACAUGCGUUCAGUACACGGUCAAAUUAUGAUGGUGUUCUUCCACAGGCCUUUGCUCAAGUCAGUGAACUACUCCAAACCUUUACAGAGGUCAAGGCAAAACUUAAGCAAAAUCCUUCAGAAACUACAGUGGGUAAAAAGCAAGAAGAUAUUUCUUUAAUGAAGUCUAAUAACCAAGAAAUCACCAUUUUCUCAGGUUCUCAUCUUCCCCAACCCAACAGACAUGAAGAAAUCUGGUCUAUCCUAGAGAAUGUUUGGAUUACGUUAUAUCAGAACAGCAUGGAUGUAUUUCAGAGAUUGGGCCCAAAUGCAGCUUUGACUUCUUCAAAAAUAGCAUCAUUUGAAGAAGCAUUUGUCUCUCUUCAAAAGUUAAUGGCAGCUGUGAAGGAUAUUCUUGAAGGAAUUCAAAGGAUUUUGGCCCCUAACAGUAAUUAUCAAGAUGUUGAGACCCUCUAUAACUUCCUAAUCAAAUAUGAGGUAAAUAGAAAUGUCCAGUUCACUGCCCAGGAACUUUAUGAUUGUGUUUCACAGUCUGAGUAUCGGGAAAAGUUAACCAUUGGAUGCCACCAACUGGUUGAGAUGGAAUAUUCCAUGCAGCAGUGCAAUGCAUCUGUCUAUAUGGAGGCCCAAAACAGGGAAUCUCUCUCAACCCUAAGCAUGGGUCCGUGACCAGAGACACUUCCAAACCUCAAAAAAGAAUUAGGACAUGGCCAUGCUCACCCUGCUGCACAAAUGAAAUCUUACCCUGGUAUGUUUUAUGAUCAAACUAUCUUCCCUAUCGACCUGAUGAACUAACACACAUCCCUUCCACUUCCCCUAAGGUAAUGUAAGUAGAAUUUGACUUCAGCUCCUACUUGCUAUAUAGUUUCUUCUCUUCUUCCCUGGGUUUGUCACUUUUCAGUGCAUUUCUAAUGGGAAGAGCAGGGGUUACCUCUAUACUGAUUUUUCCCUUACGUGUGAAGCAGCAUGGAUUUAUGGGAUCAGGUGGCAGGGAUUCAUAUUUGCCCCUAGCUAAACCAAGUGUUUAAUUGAUUUCUUAUUUAGUUAUAGAGUAAGUUGGAAAUCCUUGUUUACUAGAGUAUAUUAUGCUUUUGUUAAUACAUUAUAUUAAAUCUAAUUUCCUAUUCUAUGAUAAAUGUUAAUUUAUUUUUUACAAAACAAUAAAUUUUAUUUUUA